GCUAUUGCUAUGCGUUUUGAUUGGACGCCGGUGGCGCGAUAGAGGCCACUGAUUCGAUAGCUGAUUCCUGAUGAGCCAAUAAAAGCAGAGGAGGCGGGAUUUAACGGGGGAAGCGAAAGUCUCCUUGGCAGUGAAUGUGAGUUGACUGAGCUGCAAUCAUGGGGGAACGAAAAGGAGUGAACAAAUAUUACCCUCCAGAUUUUGACCCAGCUAAGCAUCGCUCCAUCAAUGGCUACUGGAACACGCAUCCUCUGCGCGAAAGAGCCCGCAAGCUCUCGCAGGGAAUCCUUAUCAUCAGGUUCGAAAUGCCCUACAACAUCUGGUGCGAUGGCUGUAAGAAUCACAUAGGCAUGGGGGUCCGAUACAACGCAGAAAAGAAGAAAGUGGGGAAUUACUACACCACGCCGAUAUACAGAUUUAGAAUGAAGUGCCACCUGUGCGUGAAUUACAUCGAGAUGCAGACGGAUCCGGCCACGUGCGAUUACGUCAUCGUGAGCGGCGCGAGCCGCAAAGAGGAACGAUGGAACAUGGCGGAAAACGAACAAAUACUCACCACUGAACGGAUGGAGAAGGAAAAGCUCGAGACCGAUGCCAUGUACAAGCUGGAUCACGGCGGAAAAGACAAAGAGAAGCUGCGCGCCGCCAUUCCGUCUCUCUCCGAGCUGCAGGACCACCAGGCCGGCUGGAAAGACGACUUUGAGAUCAACAGUGCCCUCCGCAGGAAGUUUAGGGUUGAGAAAAAGGUCAUGCGCGAGGAGGAGGAGAAGGACAACGCCACGAGGAAGCGCUUGGGUCUGUCGAUACCUUUGGUUCCGGAGAAGGAAGAGGACAAAAGGCUCGCCUCGCUACUCACCUUCCAGACCCCUGGCUCAUACGAGGACAGGCAGCUUACCAAGAGGCAGCAGAUAUUCUCUCGCUCCUGGUUUUCUCUGUCUUCAUCCUCUCCUCCAGGGAACGCUGUGGGAAACCUCCUGAACAAACUGGGCCAGAAGGGCCGAGACGCCGCCGCUGCUAAAGCCCUGAACGCCACCCCGAACAGAACUCUGGUCCGCCGGAGGUCAGAUGGGGCGGUGCUGCCGUGGAGAACAACAACCUGACGUCCCACAUGUCCGUUUCCUGCCCUGAUGUCACCGCAUUAGAUUCCGCCGAUUCGUCUCGCGUAGGGGGCUUAGAGGAGAGACCGGUCAAGCCAGAUGACAGACCAAGCACAGAGGAGAAUUCUGGGAAGCCAGAUGUGCAUCGUGGGUUUGAAGGACACAGUAGGACCGAGUCCUGCUCUAGAAAGUCACUAGUGGCUGAUUACAGUGACUCGGAUUCAGGAACGGACUGAAAUCGCUAAAAGUGCAGACGCUACAUAAAGAAAUAAAUUUAAUAAAGAAAUCA